GACUGUGCUUUCAUCAAUAUUGAUGACGAGCAGGAUGGCAUGCUCAGCAUGGAUGUUGUUCGGAUUUUUUGCUUUUUAUCUUUCACUUUUACUAAUGGUCACACGUAUCCAUGUGCCCUCGUUCAAUGGUUUCGUUGGAUUACGGAGGAGCAAGACGAGCUCACAGGCAUGUGGAUGGUGGUGCCAUCUCUCAAUGAGGACAGCUCUCGUGACUUGUCGAUUAUCCAUAUUGACAGCAUCAUCUGCGGUGCUCACCUACUCCCAAUAUUCAGUACUCAGAUCGUGCCUCUGGGCCUUCAAUUUCAUGAUUCUCUAGAUGCCUACCGAGGAUUCUAUGUCAAUCAUUUUAUUGACCAUCAUGCUUUCGAGCUGGUGUCUUAA